UUACGUAACGUCCCACCGCCUCGUCUGGAGAGCGGUUGACAGCAGUCCGGAGGAGGCCGGAGUGGGUAAACAACACAAACAUAUGGAGAAAAAGCAGCUUAAAGAACCUGAAUGUACUCUACGAUGUGUGAUAUUACUCUAACGCGGGUUGGAGGCCGUUGAAUCGGACACUUUAGAGCAACGACCAGGAGUGCACCUGUCCUAGCUUAGCCUAGCUAACGUGUGCUAGCUAGCUAGCUGGCCGGCCAUGUCGUCCUCCCCCUCCUCUUCCUCCUCCUCCUCCUCCUCCUCCAGGCGCCAGUGGUGCUACCUGUGCGACCUGCCGAAGAUGCCGUGGACUGUGGUGUGGGACUUCAGCGAGGUGGUCUGUCGUGGCUGUGUGAACUACGAGGGAGCCAAUCAGAUCGAGUUCCUGAUCUCCAACGCCAGGCAGCUCAAACGAACCCACGGGAUGCAGGACGGCACCGUGAGGUCACCUGGUCCUUCUCCCAAUAAAGACGUCCCCAGGUUCGAAAGAGGGAGAGGGGAAAGCACCGUGUCGGCCAUCCGAGUGCCACCCAAUGGGCUGCAGCCUCAGGAGGUGAACCGUCAGAGUCCCAGUGGCAGCAGAAGACCCAUGCUGGGAGCUGCCAUCCCUCCCAGUUUGGUGACUCAAAGCAUUGCAGGGAUUCCUCAUGGGCUACUUGCGAGCAUGCCUGCGGGUUUGACUGCCAGGACAGCCCCCAUGAGCAGCUCCAUGAUCUUCCCUGCUCCAGUGCUGGCCGAGAUGAGCCGCAGACAGCAGCUGGGGAUGGGGAUAGGGAUGAUGGGGAUGGGGAUCGCCCCUUUCAUCACUCCGGAGCUGGAACGAGAGCUCAGCUCGUCCCAGAACCAGGCCAAGAUCCAGUCCCAGAUCCACACAGCUGUGGCUGGCAGCAGCAACAGCAAGAGUGCAGGUCUGCCUUCUUCGUCCUCGAGCCUGGCUGGAGGUGUGAGCCAGACCAGUCCCAAGCCCGCCUCGUCUCCGGCCAGGCAGCCGCGGCCCCUUGCAUCCAGGUCCGGAGGGGAGCCACUGGGAUCCAGCAUCUCGGCAGAGGCGGCCACCACAGCUGCGGCGUUGCCCCACAGUGGUGCCUCUGAGCUGGGAUCAGCAUCUGCCAGCAACGCCCAUUCAACUGGCAACACUCUGUCCUGCACCUUGUGCCACGAGAGGCUGGAAGACACACACUUUGUUCAGUGUCCAUCAGUGCCAGGGCAUAGGUUCUGCUUCCCCUGCACCAGAGUGUACAUUCAGGGCCGGCGGGGCGAUGGGGAGGUGUACUGCCCCAGCGGAGAGCGCUGUCCGUUGGACAUCUCUCCUAACAGUCCCCCCUGGGCCUUCAUGCAGGGAGAGGUCUCCACCAUUCUUGGCACCGCUGGAGCAGGAGCCGCAUCAGCUGCCGCACCCGGAGCAGGGAACGGGAACGGGCCCGGAGCUGGUGCUGGUGCUGGUGCUGGUGCUGCGUCGGCGGCCGGGAGCGGAGCCGCCAGUGGGGACGUCACCGUCAAGAAAGAGAGAGAGACGUGAUGAUGGUUUACAUGGAAACCAAACCAGGAACCAAUACAGUACCAGAGUCGUAUCGCGAACCAAAAGGAGACGUCUGCAAAGGAGCUCAGCGAGACCCAGAAGAGAAGCGACACGGUGACCCACAGUUCAGAAAACUUCCUUUGCAAAGGUCUCGACUCCAACAACUCACACCGUCAAAUAAUGUUAACAUUUAUCAGACCUAAAAAAGCCUUUUAUGAUGCACUGUGUGAGUCAGAUAAUCAGGGCCAAUCAACAGCUGAGUGGCUACUUUUUGUAGCCAACUUUUUGAGUCGGGUAGGAUCCUGCUCACAUUAGCACUGCCAGCUAGCUACUGUUAGCAGCUGGAAAUAAUCAGACUCAAGCUAAAGUCUCACUUUUCUACAAAGAAAAACGUACCCCACCAUUGCAAUCAUAUGAAAGAUGCCGUCAUCACAUAUAAAAAAAUAUUCUCACCCCAACUUGAAUAUGCACCUUAAUCAACAAACCGUGCCAACAGUACUACUGAAAUGUCUCUUUUUCUCUAAAGGCCACCAGUGUAUUAAUAUAUCGUUGUCACUGGUUUUAUUUGCUAAAGGUAGCUAGCAUUGCUGCUUGUUAGCAGACCUCAUUUAGUCGUGUUCAUUGUUCCAAAUGACCCUUCUCAAACUCACAGAAAGUAGCCACGGUUCAGUGUUUAUUGUAGCAGUAAACUCAACAUUGUUAAAGCACAAAAGCUUGUUUGGACACAAAUGUCAAAAUACUUCAGACGGUGGCAGUGGUUGUUUCAUUUCUUCCUUGUUGAUGAACAAACUGUUGCAUGCAGAAGGAGGUCAGAAAUCAGACUGUUAUCAGACUAAAUGCAGGCUGUUCUGAAUCACAACAAGUUGCAGUGCCAUUUCUUGGUCUAAAUGAAAUAUUUAAGCCUUUGCUAAUGCAAUUUACAUUCAAAACUGACAGUUAUCAUGACAAAGUGUACCUUAAAUUUGAAAUGCAAAUGUAUUUUUUAAUUGUUUCAUGACUGAAUCUGUCUUUCGGUGCACAAUCGAAAAAAAUCUCCUUUUUAAAACUAAACAUGCAAACCAACAUGAAAUAUGGACAUAAUGCCAGUCAUGACAUUUCUAUGUGUGUCCCUGCAUUUGUUUUUUAAUCAGCUUUAAAUAAAGCUGACUCAGAUUGUGUAGAAACGACCUUCUAAGCAUUGACCAGAUUGUGUUUAAGUGUAUUUAAAUGUUGCUUUCAUACGAGAUCCAGCCCAGCCUACGCUUUACCCCGAAUGUAUAUGAAAAUAAAUCUAUUGAUAGGCCUAGGACUAUAUUUUAUACUAGAAUGUUAAAUGGUAUAUACUGUAUAGAUCUAUGAUAGUAUGUGCAAUCCCUAGACAUAUCAUAUGCAACUGUUUUGAAUAUGUGAUUUCAAACGUUUGUGUAUCAUUUUAUAAACCUUUAGUUUUUGUAAAGUGAGAAUCCACCUAAAAUCAGAAUGUUGUUUAUUAAUUACUGUCUCCCAAAAGUAGACACAAGACACCUUUAUGGAAUGGAAAGUAUAUGUAAAAGUAUAUUUUCUGUUCUGAAAUCAUCAGCGUUGCAGAUGGUGAAAUGAAUCUCAUAGAUUCUAAACAAAACAACCUCACAGUCUGUUGAAUUUGCUUUCCAUUCAUAUCCAUCGUUCCAUUCAUGUCAGUGGAACAAAUGUGGAUGAACAUAAACUCUGUUCUUCUGAUCAGAUUUGUUUUGUCGCUUACAAAAGAGAUUGCAAGGAUUUAAUGUUCCUAAAUUGAACAAUCCAACAUUACAACCAAUUAGUUUUUUUGGAGGAUUCUCUCUUUAUGUGCAGCAGGUAGGGCUGGGCGAUAAUUCAACAUCUUGAUUCAUCAUCUUUCAAAGGAAUCAUAUCGUGAUACGCCAUCACUCCAUCUUAAUUCAUAAUAACAAGCACAAACUAUCUCAAACUGCCAAGAAAAUCUGAUUAUUUUUGCACUAAAGUUUUUCUUUAAAUGAGAAAAAUACUCCGUAUUCAAGUAUUUAAUUCACACAGGAGUAUCCAAAUCUAUGUGCUUAGUUCAUAUUGUUUAUUUAUUGAACCAUCAGAAAACAUGCUACAUCGUGAUAUAUAUGUAUAUGUAUAUAUAAGACUGAUAGAUUUUGAUCGUGCCGCCCAGCCCUAGCAGCAUGUACUCGUGAGUACAGAAGCACAGACAAACCAAAGGUAACUCUAAGCCCAAAUUGAUGUUCCUGGAUGCAAAUGUUUUAUGGGAAAAAUACAUAUAUAUAUAUAUAAUCUGGUUUUAACUGACUUUCUCCAUCAAGCCGUUGCAGUUUACAGGCCCAUGUGGUCUGCUGUACUGGGGGGAUUUUAUAUAAUUUAUAUAGUAGAAGUCUAUAGUAUGCAGCAAAUACUUACAUAGGCCUUCUAUAUUGAGAAAAUAUCCCACAGACCAGGUCUGUUGUAGAGAAAUGUCUUUGAAGAAGUGGAAUUUGGGUUUAAAAUGCACUGACACAUCAUUCAUCCCCCUCGUUAAGUGCCUUUUUAAAACGUCCGUCUGUGUGUCUGGUAACCUCAGGUCCAAGUAGGAGCGCAAUGGCUUUUUUAUUUUUUUUAUUAUUGCCCAGUCAAUGAUUCACCUGACUCCGUUCCCCCUCAGUCGCCAGCAGACGGCUCGUGCUUUCAUCUGAAGCCUUUGUAAAGUCGGCCAGCCCGCUCAUUGUCCUCCUCGCGUCGCCUCUUCUUUUCAUCCAAGUGUUACCUUUUAGAUCCGUCGGGUUUUUAUUGCCGUGUUAUGCACAAAAUAGAAACCAGGAAUAAAUGGGUUGUAAGCA